AUUUAUGUCAUUGGUCUGGACAUAGACUGCAUUCGAAUAUCUCGAGUUCCAUGUCUAUUCAGACUUGAAAGUCUGUCAAAUUUAAAAAAAUCUGUACAGAAAAAAAUUCCAGUUUCAUAUUUCAAUAGUCCCUAAAUUAUAUAAAGUAAACAAAUAAUGUGCGUUGCUCAUACCUCAAAGAAGACACCAGGAAAAAGAGGUGAUUUCCAAAAAUUCCUAGAAAAAGCUGGAAUAGUAGAUCUAUUAACUAACGUUAUAGCCGACAUUUUUGAACAGCUUGUUAAACCAGAAAGCGUAACAGUUUUUGUUAUCGAUAAAUUAUCUCGCGAAGCAGGUCUAGACACUUAUACAUACCUUAAAGCCAAAUAUGUAGAUACACUUGAUCAUCUUAAAACUGCGGAUAAAGAACUUGAAGUCUUAAAAGCCAGAUUAUCUAAAUUACAAUGUAUAGAGGCAGCUCAUUCUGAAGGAGAACAGGAAAUUUGAAGAUGGACAAAAAUAAUUUCAGGAAAUUUCCACAUAAUGCUUGCUGAUGGAUAAUGCAGUGAUAACAGAGAAAUUGCGGAAAAGUUUCAUCUUUACGACAUAACGCCACCAGACCCUUAUCACAACCCACCAUAGCUGGAGCACCAUCGGUUGUCAAGCCUACCAUUUUCGAUAUUGGAAUUUUCUCGAAAGAAAUAAUAUUUGUUAAAUGAGAAAACAACUCCUGUCCAGUAGUGUGUCCUUUCAGUGGAAUAAACUUCAAAAAAUCUUCUUUAAUCUUAAAAUCACUAAAAACCAUCCUGACGAACACGGCCAUCUGGGCAGUGUCAACGACAUCUGUUGAUUCAUCCAGUUGAAGUGAAAAAUAAACACAGUUAUCUAAGUCAGUUCUUAACUGUAAAAAAAUAUCAUUGCUCAGUACUUCUACACGUCUCAUCACUGUAUUAGCAGAAAGUUGCAUAGCUUUUAUAGCUGAAACUAUCUCGUCUUUAUUUCUAAAGUUGGCAAAUAACGAAUAGUAGCUUCUAAAAACGCCUGUUUUAUCAUUUCCCCGUCUUCAUAAGGUUUCUUUUUUUGUGCAAUUAUCUGGGACACACGGUACGAUGCUUCAGUUGCAGCAUUAUUUUUGUCGACUGUUCUUAAAAAUAUUGAUUGUUCUCCAAUUAACU